AUGGUGAGGCAACCAUCCUGGGACAGAACAUGCCUAAAGAAAGGAACAUGGAGCCCUGACGAAGAUCAGAAGCUGAUUACUUAUAUUAUGAGACAUGGCAUUUGGAAUUGGAAUGAAAUGGCCAAAUAUGCUGGUUUGUCAAGAUCAGGGAAGAGUUGCAGACUUCGUUGGGUGAAUUACUUGAGGCCUAAUAUAAAGCGUGGGAACUUCACCAGGGAGGAAGAAGAAACGAUAGUCCAGCUGCAGAAGAUGCUAGGAAAUCGAUGGUCAGCAAUUGCUGCAAAACUGCCACAAAGGACUGACAAUGAUAUUAAGAACUACUGGAACACUCGCUUGAAGAAAGGAGCAGUGGAAAACAAUUCAGCAUCAGCGAUUGCAUCACGUUCAGAAAUUAAUUCAAGUCUCGACGCCGGGGAGGAGAAUUCGUCUGAUGCUGAUUCCUCAAUGUUCCUCAAUAAUUUGUUGGACUCACCAAUUCCUACACUGGAAGACUUCCCUUUACCAGCCACUUAUAUUUUUUCUCCAUCAGACUGCAACCGUGGUGCGGUAGUUGAUGACAAUUAUACCAUGGAGGACAAUUUUAUUUCAUCUGAAAAGCAGCCACAGCCUAUGUCACCAAAUUCUCAGCUGUGGCUCCAUGACCCCAUAUAUGUUCGUGAUUCCGACUAUGAUCCUGUGGAUGAUUUCUGGGUCAAUCCAUUUUUUUAG